CCAACAAACAGGACGUUUUUCGUUUCAUUCCGCGGUUGCCUAGAGUGGUAUUUCAACUACUUCAGCUACUUGUUAUUUUCUGAUCGCCUAACAGUACGUUUUGCCGGUGAUCAUUUGCAAAUUUUACAUUUCCCGCGUACUCGAGUUAACUACUUUAUUAGCACCGUUCGGUAGCAGUCCAUUACAACUCGAACCAUACACACGACAAACAUUAUCAGCGACAUGACCAACGAACAGGUUGUGAUUCCUCCAGUCAUUUGGGCUCAACGUAACAAUGUGGUAUAUGUUACUAUUUGUGUAGAAGAUACCAAAAAUCCAGUUAUUAAAAUCGAACCUGAACAAAUAGUUUUCCAUAGUAUUGCUGGCUAUGGACAACAAGUGGUAUAUGAUAUCACCAUUCCAUUGUAUGCACCAGUAGAUCCUGAAAAUAGCAAAACAACAGUUGCUGGUAGAUACAUUGAACUGGUUUUACAAAAGCCAUCUACUGACACAAAAUAUUGGCCACAAUUAACCAAAGAGAAAAAGAAAUAUCACUGGUUAAAAGUUGACUUUAAAAAAUGGAAAGAUGAAGAUGAUUCAGAUGAUGAAACUGCAUCAGGAGGCGCCGGUGGAGUCGGUGGAGAUGGAAACAUUGAUGAUAUGCUUAGUAUGAUGGGCGGAGGUGGUGGCCCUAAGUUUGGGGGAUUGGGAGGAGGCCUAGGAGGAGAUUAUAAUGUACCUUCUGAUGAAGAUUCAGACGAUGAAGAAAUGCCUGAACUCGAUGACAUUGAAAGUGAAAUUGCGGGUAAAGAUAAGGAGAAGAGUGAAGAAACCCUGCCCAACCUUGAAGAAGUGAAACCGGCAACAACAGCCUAAUCUCUACUAUUGUCAUUAUCUCAUUCUUCCGAAUUUUUGUUCACAUAAUAAUACGGUUUAAUUUAAAUGAUUUUGUAUGUGUAAUUAUUACAUCAAUCGAACAUAAUUUGUGCUCUAGUGUGUGCAUUAAUAUUUCUCAUUCAGUUUAAA